AAACAAAACCGUGCUCUCUCUCUGUCUCUCUCUCUACCCCACGCACCUUUUUCUUCCCUCUCUAUCUCUCUAAACCCUGAAUUUGACGAUCUCUCUCUCUCUCUCCCUCUGAUUUCUGUUCCGGAGCGAUCAAUCAGAGGCGUCGAGGAAGAUGUCGCAGUCCGAUUCCGAUUCGUCGUCGUACGGCGGCGAGUACAAGAAUUUUAGGCAAAUCAGCCGUGACCGAUUAUUGCAGGAAAUGCUUCGGUCGGCCAAAACAGGGGAUUCAAAAUCAAUUUGGAAGGUACUUAUUAUGGACAAACUUACUGUUAAGAUAAUGUCCUACUCGUGCAAGAUGGCUGACAUCACAGACGAAGGUGUUUCAUUGGUAGAAGACAUAUACAGGCGAAGACAACCAUUACCCUCCAUGGAUGCUAUAUACUUUAUCCAGCCAUCCAAAGAAAAUGUUAUAAUGCUCUUGUCGGAUAUGUCUGGCAGAACGCCGUUAUACAGGAAGGCAUUUGUUUUCUUCAGUUCGCCUAUUUCAAGAGAACUUGUUAAUCUCAUCAAGAAGGAUACGACUGUUUUACCCCGCAUAGUUGCAUUGAAAGAGAUGAACUUCGAGUACUUCGCUAUAGACAGCCAGGGUUUUAUCACCAAUAAUGAGAGGGCUUUAGAGGAACUUUUUGGAGAUGAAAUGAAUUCUCGCCAAGCUGCUAUGUGUUUGAAUGUGAUGGCUACCCGCAUUGCUACAGUUUUUGCUUCGUUAAGGGAAUAUCCUAAUGUGCGUUACCGUGCUGCCAAGUCUCUUGAUGCAACUACAAUGACAACAUUUCGUGAUCUAAUUCCUACAAAGCUUGCUGCUGGCGUCUGGGACUGUCUUAUGAAAUAUAAAUCACUUCCUAACUUUCCUCAGACAGAAACAUGCGAGUUGCUCAUCCUUGAUAGAUCUGUAGAUCAGAUUACUCCUGUCAUACAUGAAUGGACAUAUGAUGCCAUGUGCCAUGAUUUACUGAAUUUGGAAGGAAAUAAAUAUGUGCACGAGGUUCCUGGUAAAACCAAUGGUCCACCUGAGAAAAAAGAGGUUCUUUUGGAGGAUCACGAUCCUGUCUGGCUUGAGCUUCGACAUGCACAUAUAGCAGAUGCUAGUGAGCGGUUGCAUGAGAAGAUGACCAGCUUCAUUGCAAAGAAUAGAGCUGCACAAAUUCAACAUGGUUCAAGGGAUGGAGGUGAGCUGUCUACACGGGAUUUGCAAAAGAUGGUUCAAGCAUUACCGCAGUAUAGUGAGCAAAUUGACAAGCUCUCCCUCCAUGUAGAGAUUGCAGGAAAAAUUAACAGAACGAUUAGGGAAUCAGGGCUUAGAGAACUUGGGCAGCUGGAGCAAGACCUGGUUUUUGGAGACGCAGGAAUGAAAGAUGUAAUCAAAUUCUUGACCACAAAAGAGGAUACAGCUCGUGAAAAUAAGUUGCGCUUGUUGAUGAUUCUUGCAGCCAUUUAUCCUGAGAAAUUUGAGGGUGAGAAAGGUCUCAACAUAAUGAAGUUAGCGAAGUUACCAGAGGAGGAUAUGAAUGCUGUUCAUAAUUUGAGGUUGCUUGGGGGAUCAUCAGAUACCAAAAAAAGCUCAACUGGCGCUUUCUCUUUGAAGUUUGAUAUGCAUAAGAAGAAGCGUGCAGCUAGGAAAGAACGUACUGGUGAACAAGAAACAUGGCAGCUAUCACGCUUUUACCCUAUGAUUGAGGAACUUGUUGAAAAGCUUGGCAAAGGUGAACUGCCAAAAGAUGAUUACCCAUGUUUGAAUGACCCAAGUCAAACUUUUCAUGGGACAUCUAACACUGCAGCAGUAAAUCCAGCUCCAGCUGCUCAUUCAAUGAGAUCAAAACGGACACAUACAUGGGCUCGGCCUCGGAACUCUGAUGAUGGGUAUUCGAGUGAUUCAGUUCUAAGACAUGCAUCCAGUGAUUUUAAGAAGAUGGGCCAACGGAUUUUUGUAUUUAUCGUUGGCGGAGCUACUAGAUCUGAGCUUAGGGUUUGCCAUAAGCUUACAACUAAAUUGAAGAGAGAAGUUGUUCUGGGCUCAACAAGUAUUGAUGAUCCUCCACAAUUCAUUACGAAAUUGAAGAUGCUGUCAGCGGAGUAUGAACUCUCAAUAGAUGAUCUCCAGAUCUAAAAUGUGGGUGGCUUAGGAGGCCUGGAAUGUACUCUGCUGCUGCAGAAUCCAAUCCAAUUUGUAAUCAUACACACACUCACAUUAAAUCCAUUUUUUAACAAUGAAAUGUAAACCUUUUUUUUCCUUUUGGUUGUAGUGGCACUGUAUCUGGAUAGUUCAUAUGAGCAUCCUGCCUAGCCAAGGUUGCUUUUUGGCUAUGUAUUGUAAUUGGCGUGGUGGAGUCAUUGCAGGUGUGUAUAGUAUAAAUAAUUCAAUCGCAGUAAAGAACCAACUGAAUCUUGUAAGUCUCAA